UCAGUUACAGUGGGUGAGGGCGGAAACUACCAAAACACGACUCCAUUUUUUUUUUAAAUAAACCAUGGUUGCUUCAUUCGCGUAUUUCUUUGCUGAGCAGCUGUGAACUUUGAUUAUGAGCCUUACGAAGAAUUGAUGUGUCAUUUGCACAUUACUACAAAACGAGCAACAGCCCACUCGCCUUUAGAGGCUGACAUUUUGGUGCGCUAAGAGAAAAAUCACUUUUCUGGGGCACAUCGAAGACAAAAUGUUCUGAGAGGGAAAUGUGUGUCAGUGUAAUUCUGUGGGCUAAAAUACAUCAAAAAUACUGACAUUCACUUCUGCGUCUGCCUGUUUCUAAAACUGCUGUGCUGGGAACAAAUGAAAUUCUGUGUCAUUUAUUUACUUCUUUACAGGUUUUUAAAGUAUAAGGCAGUAUGGAUCACAGCUCGUCCACGUGAGGAGCUUCAUACACAUGUCAUCUAUAAUUAAACAAGAACACGAGUUGAUGACGAGAUGAUAUGUUAUUAUUUUUUUUAAUUCCAUCCAAAUUUAAAGCUAUCAUAGAUUCCUAGACGAGACAACUUUUAAACACCAGGUAGAACUUUGUGUUGUGGGCCAACAAUGAUGCAUAGUCCGCAAUUAACUGGACAAAUUCCUAACUAGGCUAUACGGGGAUACUAGCGUGGAAAAGGAGUGUGGUGUCUUGGGAGGAAGACGGACUUCGCAGCCUAUUUCUAAAAUCCUAGCUCUAAGCACUUCUGAAGUAAACACGGCGUCUGGCCCCAUGCGUGUACAUCCAAAAGCUUGUGCCACCGUCCACAUCUCAGGUUGUGUGAGUAGCAGACGCAGCCACCUGCAGCCCUGCAACGCACGACGUUUCAGUUUUUGAAAAGAAAUGCUACGUCCUCCAAACUGAGUAGAGACUACGACUUUUCCAGGGCUACAAACCUUAAAAGGCUGGUUUGGGAUGGAAGUGCGUUUUGGACAGGUUCCACUCACCAUUACGCACAGUCACGGUGGGGUGAACCAGCUCGGAGGUGUCUUCGUCAACGGGCGCCCGUUACCGCACCUGGUGAGGCAGCGGAUCGUGGAGCUCGCUGAGCGCGGCGUUCGUCCCUGUGAGAUCUCCCGCCGCCUGCGCGUCAGUCACGGCUGUGUCAGCAAAAUACUGGCCAGGUACAAUGAGACUGGAAGCAUUAGACCCGGACUGAUUGGAGGGUCGAAGCCCAAAGUGGCCACUCCCAGAGUUGUGCAAACCAUCUUGCAUCUAAAAAACAGUAACCCCACCAUGUUCGCGUGGGAGAUCCGAGACAGGCUGGUGCUGGAGCAAGUGUGCAACCGCAACAGCGUGCCCAGCAUCAGCUCCAUCAACAGGAUCAUCAGGAACAAAGUCCAGGCCGAGUCUUAUGGAGUGGCAUCACCUGUUGCCGUGGGAACAGCCUCUGAAUCCAGCUUUUCUAUCAGUGGGAUUCUGGGAAUCAAGAAAUGCAGCAGUAAACACAAAGAAGGAGGGGACGUCUCCUGCGGUGUGCGCCACAACCAUCCAUGUUCCUGUAAUGACGCCUGGGAAAAGUCUCACCCACGCUUGACCUUUCACCCCAGCCUAGCAGCGUAUCAUAAUCCUCAUCUGUCCUCCUGUUUAGGCCCUUUGUCGUGUCAUUAUAACUGAACAAUGCUGCGAAGGAAAAGCAUCAUCGCUAUUUAUCACCGACACAAACUUGAUGAAAUAAAACUGAAAUGAAACGCC